CUUCAAUUAUGGUGUUGUGAUCCAAUUUAUGAUAUUCUUGAUGCAGUACUCAUGACUACUGUCUUCAUGUCAAAAUCUAGGUUGUCUUGAUGUUCAGUUUAUGCGAUCUUGCCGCCAUAAAAUGAGGAUUUCGUGCCAUUUUUUGGUAAUAUUCAAGAUAAGUCAUAUUCAAGAUAAAAUCGUACGUAUAUUGAAGAUAAAUCGUCAAGAUCAACGUGUUUAAUAAAGACUUACUACGGGUUAAUCGGCUAGCUUUGCUGAGGAGAUUUUCUACAAAAUAAAUCGUGUUCAAAGUGCAACUCAAAGCUAAAGCACAAGAUGGCUUUAUCUGAUUCGUCGAAAUAUGAAGAGGAUAUAAGUGAUUUGACCAACACCCCAUCAACACCUUCGACACCAGGUGACGAAAACAUGGAGAAAAAACAUCCUUUAAACGAUUCGUUGUUGAAAGGAAAAAGAGCAUUGCAAAUGCCCGAUCGAUCUCCUAAAUCAGAGCGAAAGAUUUCAUUAAAGGAAAUGAAGAGAAGUUACAGACAUGAAAAACGACGAAUGACGGAAAAAGUGACGAGCACUUUGUUAGAUCCUGCCGUGGUUAUUUUAUCGUCUUGGUUGAAGAUAAGAGGAACCCUAAAAAACUGGGCACGAUUUUGGUGUGUCGUCAAACCUGGUGCUUUGGUUAUUUACAAGAACAAUAAGGAAGAACAGUGGGUCGGUACAGUUAUUCUAAAUGGUUGUGAGUUUAUCGAGAGGCCAUCAAAGAAAGAGGGAUUUUGUUUCAAGAUAUAUCAUCCUUUACAAAAUUACAUUUGGUCGACAAAAGGACCACGUGGUGAGAUUGCCGGUGCGUUAGUUGGUAUUCCUUUACCAAAGGAUCAUUUGAUAUUACGAUCUGCCUCGGAAACUGAUGGUAGGUGCUGGCUAGAUGCAUUGGAAGUUUCUCACAAACAAGCUUACAACAUGCAUCGAGACAAUAAAGGAAUGGUUAGCGAUCUUUAUGGUAAGCCCACUUCAACGGAAGAUCGAGAAGAAGAGACUGCACAAGCUAUGGGUCACUUAAGCGCAGCUGGCGGAGUGGAGAUCGAUGAAGUGAGCACAGAUGCCAUGGAUAAAUCUGAUUCGGAGGAUGAGAAUGCAGAUAAUGGAAUUAUAGACUAUGCAGACAGUGGUUCGAUCGUUGAAACAACGUACACUGAAGAAAAGGAACCUGAAUAUCUUGGAGAGUGCGGAGAAGCUAGGGAAGAUAUGGAGGAUGAAGGAAAAAGUAUAUUAUGGAGCUUGAUGAAACAGGUGAAACCCGGCAUGGAUCUAUCAAAAGUAGUUCUACCAACUUUUAUUCUGGAGCCAAGGUCGUUUCUCGAUAAAUUAUCCGAUUUCUACUUUCACGCCGACAUUAUUUCCAAGGCUGUGAAACACGAGAGUCCGUACGACAGAAUGAAAAAUGUUGUUAAGUGGUACCUAUCUGGAUUUUACAAGAAACCGAAGGGUUUAAAAAAGCCGUAUAAUCCAAUCAUCGGAGAAAGAUUCCGAUGUUAUUGGAAGCACGAGGAAACUGGUUCCCGGACGUUUUUUGUUGCUGAACAAAUAUCCCAUCAUCCUCCUAUAUCCGGUUUCUAUGUUGCAAACCGACAAGAUGGAUUUGUUGUAAAUGGUUGCAUCUUAGCGAAAUCGAAGUUUUAUGGUAACUCGACCUCAGCCAUAAUGGAUGGUUUAGCGACAUUGACAUUGUUACCUCAUGGUGAAGACUAUGUAAUAUCUAUGCCGUACGCACAUUGCAAAGGAUUGCUUAUUGGAACUCUUACGAUGGAGUAUGGUGGUGCGGUCAAAAUUGAAUGCGAAAAGACUGGGUACCACACCGAGAUUGAAUUUAAACUGAAACCGUUUUGGAAAAAGAUCGGUGAAAGUAACCGUAUUUCAGGAAAAAUUAAAAUGGGAAAACAAACUCUUUGUAAACUGGAGGGAAAAUGGGAUGGCGAGGUGUUGAUGACUGAUCUUCGUAAUGUGGGAAAAUCACGUACAGAGGAAGAUGUGCUGCCAGACUUAUUUUGGGAGCCUAGUUUGAGCAUACGCAAUGCUAGGUUGAAACGUCAUGUUGUUGACAUUGAUGACCAGGAAGAGUUUGAAUCACAAAAGUUGUGGCGUUAUGUAAGUGAUGCAAUCCGUGCCAGCGACCAGGUGAAGGCGACUGAAGAGAAAUUUAAACUCGAAGAAGAACAACGCAGAGGACAUCGCGAACGGAAAGAACAGGGGGUGGACUGGGUUCCAACGUUCUUUGAAAGGGAUCCUUAUCAUCCGGGGGCCCUUAACAGAUACAUUUAUAAAUAUAAAAACGUCCGUCCUUGGGAUCCGAUCACUGAUGUAAGGGAAUAUGAAAACGAAUUCAAGAUAAAAACACAAACUCGCAUUCGGGCACCCAUGGUAAAGCAACAAAGUCUUGUUGCGAUAAAAGUCAGCUCGACAUCUGGCGACGAUGAUAAUUCACAUUUUUUUCAUGAGCGUGCCUCGUCUUUCAGGCAGCACGAACGUUUAAGCAGUUUGGAAGACGAUGAUGUUGCGUCAUUUGCUCAAACUCUAAAACCUUUGCUCGAAGCCCAAACAGAACUUAAGGAACAGAUUCGAUCAAUCCGUAGCGAUAUGAGGCGUUAUCAUACGGCUAAUAGUGAUCAAUUUACUCAACUACAGACUAAAGAUUGGAUAUUGUUUUGUUUAUUAACCUUAGCGUUCAUAUGGCAAUGGUAUUUUUCACGAAUGAAGAUCAACUAGGCUGUAGAUGGAAUUAUUUUACCCUUCUAACAAAAAAUUGCAUAUAUACAUAUAUAGUAGGUAUAAGACAUAAAUUUUUUCGCACAUGGCUAACGGGUUUCUUGGAUGAUUUUUUGUGCAUUAAAGUGCCGAUUAUAACUAAUUGUCAUAUGAUUUCUUUUGAAUUACAACUACAAUUUGACCUUUGAA